CCCACGCCCCCUGGGUCGCCCUCGUGUGGCGGCCUGCAGUCCGGGUGGAGCUGGGGGGCCCUGCGCUCGCGGAGGCGUGGCGGGCGCGGGGGCGCGGGGAUGGGGGUCACCGUGGAGGUGCACCAGGUGUACAAGUACCCCUUCGAGCAGGUGGUCGCCAGCUUCCUCCGAAAGUAUCCCAACCCCAUGGACAAAAAUGUCAUCUCGGUAAACACCGUGGAGGAAAAAAGAGAUGUGUCAACAGGGAUCAUCUAUAGAAAGAGGAUUGCAAUCUGUCGGAAUGUGAUUCCAGAAAUUUUAAGGAAGGUGAGCAUUUUAAAGAUACCUGAUAUCCAGUUAGAAGAGGAAUCCUGGCUCAAUCCCCAGAAAAGAAGCAUGGCUAUCCAGAGUCACUGCCUUACAUGGACACAGUAUGCAUCCAUGAAGGAAGAGUCUGUCUUCCAGGAAAGCAUGGAAAACCCAAAUUGGACAGAGUUCAUUCAAAGAGGCAGGAUUUCAAUCACAGGGGCUGGCUUUCUCAACUGCAUUUUGGAAACUUUUGCCAGCACAUUCUUAAGACAGGGAGCCCAAAAGGGAAUUAGAAUAAUGGAAACGCUGCUGAAGGAGCAGUGUGGUGCCCCCUCAGCCGAGUAAAGAACCAUCAGGGAGCUGUGUUGUGUCUACUUUUGCUCAAGAAUCACUUCUCGGACACAACAUAUCCAAGACUCAAUUUUGGAAAUGCAGGUUUAAGGAUGCAGUAUCGGCAGCUUGAAGAAGAGGAGACUUUCCUGCCAGGACCUGAAAUGAUACGCCUCCCUGGGAGCCAGCCUCAAUAGUGGCACUCAUGGAGAUAAGUCCUUCUAGCUGGAUUUUUAUGGCAUAGACUCUUCACGAUUUUGCAAAUAAAAGGAAGACCCACAGAAGAUGAUGUUGCCCUUCUUGAGGAUGUCCUGCAGAUGCCUGGUGAUGUGUUUGGGUAGCCAGGGAUAGGCUUGGACACUGGUGUUUGUGCUUUUAUAUGAUCUGUAUCAUUGCCCAUAGGAUUCAUGAGAGGAUUCUAGGACAAAUAAAGGAAUCAAACCUGAUACCUAUUCACAGGUGGCCUGGAACUGACAGGAAUAUACCAGACCUGAGUUGAAGUGAAGGCACAUCUAUAGUUAUGAUGAAGAUUCUCAGAAAUUGGAGCAUUGGCUUUAGACCCAUGAGUACUAUGCAAUUGCCAUCAUUAUCACUUUUAUAAUGUAACAUGUGAGCUGUGGUUUGGUUUGCUGAAAAAACCUUGGAUGGAGAAUGGGGAGGUUAUGUGUGCAUAAUCUUGGCUCCUACUAGUUCAUUCUGAGAUGUGGAGCAGCCAUAACCUUUCUGUUUUCACUGGGCAAGUGAGGAUAAUUGGACACAGAUCUUACUAUUUACUACCUGUGGGUUGUGAUGAUUGAACAAGGCAUUUAGUGUGAAAAGUACGGGUUUUGGAGUCAGAGACAGACCUCGGUUUGAUUCCAAGCAAUACCAUGCACUAGCUCACUAGAACACAAUUUUAAACCUUUAUGAAGCUCAAUUUUUUAAAAUUUGUAAAAUGGGAUGAUAGAAUUAACUUCGUGAAGUUGUUGGACCAAUUUGGAUCACAUAUAUAUGAAGUGCCUAGCAUUCCUGGCACAUAGGAGAAGUCUAUUAAAUAGAAGCCAUUCUUAUUAUACGAAACUAUUUAGAAAAUGUCCUUUUCAAAUGUAAUGUAAAGUAGUAUUACUGUUUGAAAAUUAGAUGACAGUAGUUUGCAUUUUCUAUGAUUGGAAGCAAAACUAUAAAUGGAUACUACUAACUGAACGCUUGAAAAGAGGCAAAAUUUGGAAUUCAUCUUAACAUAAAAAUUGGUCCAUUAGUGGAAAGUAAUAGGGAAAUUGUUUUAUUUUUUUAAUAUUUGAAAUAUCUCCUACUUAAUGCACUGAUGAAUUUCAAAGCAAUUGUAUUCUUCUUUUUAUACAAGCCUGCCACUGUGAGCCUCAUCUUAUUGUAUUUGAACUAUUUGUGCUGCCUAAGUUUUGUCUCAGGAUGAUUUCUUCUCGUUUCCUUAGUGUUUUGUUCUCUAAUUGUGCUUGAAGGAAAAUGAGUGGUAGAAACCAGAACACACUUUGACCUCCUUUUCCAUUUUGUAAAUGGCAUUUUGUAGGCCUUUGUGAUAAUUGCCCACUUCCAAAAAUAAGAUGUGAUGUGAAUUAUCACAGAGGUGAGAGGCAAGAAAUUUGUAUUUGAAGACUGACAGUGAAAUAAAGUUAACCCUUUAUACUCAA